AAAAAAAAGGGAAGGGGUCAGGUCAGUCUCGGUGCAUGUUAACUCAAUGCACGUUCUCGUCCCUCCCGUCCUUUUCUUAAACUCUUCCACACUUCUCACUCACUCUCUCUAUUAAAAGCUCAUGAACCAGUGACCACUUACUGAGUGAGCAAGUCCGAGUUCUAUCCGAGUCAAACCCCCCCGAGUCAAGUACUAAUGGACGUCUACGGCUUAUCAUCACCCGACCUUCUUCGUAGUAUCGACGACCUUCUCGACUUCUCCAACGACGAAAUCUUCUCCCCUUCCUCCACCGUCGCCUCCUCCGCCGCUUCUUCCUCGGAAAACCCUUUCAACUUCCACGCUUCUCCACCUCCUCCCCCUCCUCCUCCUUCUUCUCUCCUCACCGAUUUCACCCACGAUCUCUGCGUUCCCAGCGACGACGCAGCUCACCUCGAGUGGCUAUCGCGAUUCGUCGACGACUCCUUCUCAUCAGACUACCCGGCGAAUCCCUUAACCAUGACCGUCAGGCCCGACGUGUCAUUCGCCGGAAAACCAAGAAACCGUCGAUCGAGAGCCCAAGCGUCUCCCGUGGCGGCCGGGACCUGGGCGCCGACGCCGGAAUCCGAACUCUGCUACUCCGUCGCGAAACGUAACCCUAGCAGGAGACUGGAAACGGAAUCGACGGCGGCGGAUGGCGGCGGCGGCGGGGGGAGGAGGUGCACGCACUGCGCGUCGGAGAAGACGCCGCAGUGGAGGACGGGACCGCUCGGGCCCAAGACGCUCUGCAACGCCUGCGGAGUUCGUUUCAAAUCGGGGAGGCUCGUGCCGGAGUACAGACCGGCGUCGAGUCCGACGUUUGUGCUGACUCAGCACUCCAACUCUCACCGGAAAGUUAUGGAGCUCAGGCGACAGAAGGAGCAGCUCGAUUCGCGUUUCCAGCCGCAAUAAUAGUUCGCGUUUGCGUCUUUACGGUUGGUUUCUUUUGGAGGGUUUUUGGAUGUCACGGAGUUUGGUGACGUGUCGUAGUCGUGACGGCGAUGGUCACGUGACCAGAUGGAGAGAGCUUAAGGGACUAAGUAUCAUUUAUUAGUUUGAAAUCCAACUCUGCUAAUCACGUCAUUAAUUUUUGUUAGUAGUUAUUCAUUUGAAUUUUUUUUUCUGUCAACUGGUUUUUCGUCUCUACUUAAAAGUUAUAUGCAUUAAAUGAUUUUAUUGGCUGCA